GCCAUCUUGUGUCGCCUUUCUAUUGUUCAGAUCUGGGGCUAACAGCGGCGGCAUAGCAGAAUUUGAGCGAUUUAUUUAACGUUUUCCAAGACGAUUCUGUGGAUAGCAGAGACACAUUAAACAAAGUACAAAAUACCGAGACCGUAAAAGAAUACAACACGACUGGAUUUAUCUCUCAGGGCUCGAUCUGUUAUUCGAUCGGAAACAUGAUGGACGACGAACAGCCCAAGACUCUGUAUGUGGGGAACCUGUCCCGGGAUGUGACGGAGGCUCUCAUCCUGCAGCUGUUCAGUCAGAUCGGCCCCUGCAAGAGCUGUAAAAUGAUCGUAGAUACGGCAGGUAAUGACCCUUACUGCUUCGUGGAGUUCUACGAGCAUAGGCAUGCCGCAGCCUCUCUGGCGGCCAUGAACGGGCGUAAGAUAAUGGGUAAGGAGGUCAAGGUGAACUGGGCUACAACUCCGAGCAGUCAGAAAAAAGACACAAGUAAUCACUUCCGUUUCGUCGGAGACCUCAGCCCGGAGAUCACCACCGAUGACAUCAAAGCAGCGUUCGCGCCGUUUGGCAGGAUAUCCGAUGCCCGCGUGGUGAAGGACAUGGCGACUGGGAAGUCCAAAGGCUACGGCUUCGUGUCCUUCUUCAACAAAUGGGAUGCAGAGAACGCCAUUCAGCAGAUGGGAGGCCAGUGGCUGGGGGGCAGGCAGAUCCGGACCAACUGGGCCACAAGAAAGCCCCCCGCUCCCAAAACCACCUACGAGAGCAACACCAAGCACCUGUCCUUCGACGAGGUGGUGAACCAGUCCAGCCCCAGCAACUGCACGGUGUACUGCGGGGGGGUGACCACCGGACUCACAGAGCAACUGAUGAGACAGACCUUCUCCCCCUUUGGACAAAUCAUGGAAAUUAGAGUUUUCCCCGACAAAGGCUAUUCAUUCAUCAGAUUUAACUCCCACGAGGGGGCGGCCCACGCCAUCGUGUCGGUGAACGGGACCUCGAUAGAAGGUCACGUGGUGAAGUGCUACUGGGGCAAGGAGACCACGGACAUGGUCAACCCGAUUCAGCAGGUGCAGGUACCCCAGCAGAGUAAAGUGGGCUUCGCCACGCAGCCUUACGGCCAGUGGGGCCAGUGGUACGGCAGCGCGCAGCAGAUUGGCCAGUACGUGCCCAACGGCUGGCAGGUCCCCGCCUACAGCGUGUACGGGCAGGCCUGGAACCAGCAGGGCUUCAAUCACAUACAGGCGGGCGGUGGCUGGACAGGCGUGAGCGCGGUCAGUAAUGGCGGAGUGGUGGAGCCGGCCCAGGGCGUGAAUGGGAGCGUUCUAGCUAACCAGUCUGGCCUGGGGGCCACAGGAUACCCCACACACUGAUCAGGGGGGGGUACCACACCUCCAGACCUCUGCGGCCGCAGGCCCUCUGCUGGGUCCGGAUCGCCCGCUCUCGGCCUGUACCGGGCCCCUGUGGAGGG